AUGGGGAGCUUCCAUUCAAUUCAGAGCAAGGAUGAGCGCCGGCGCGCCAAUCGUCUUUCAAAACCCCCAACCAGCAAAACCGUCAUAAGCUCUACGACCUCCAGUUCGCCCCGUGCGGCUGCGGCGGUUGCGGCCGAAUCCCCUACCUGGCAAAACCCCUGGACCGGAACCACGAUUCCAAUCAGUCCUCCGAGCAAUGACUAUCACGCGCAGAGGUCGCGAUCACUCCCGUCCGCUUCGGCCCAGUCUGAAGUACCAUGGAGCAUUGCGAAAGGGACCAGAACAAGCUCGAUUGUCAUCGAAGAGACAGACGAAUCAUUACCUCAGUCUCCGGGUUCGAACUUCAAUGCUUCAACAAUCCCGAACAGACGUGCGUCAUUCCGACCCUCUAGGCAGACGCCACUCCGCACAGCAACACUCCACAGUUACCACCAUUCGACACAGCUUCGAUCCGACGAGCCGGUGAGAUCCUACUCACUGCAUUCGCUUCCUACCAAGGCCGCGGGCACGAUGCAUGACCAGGCCCUCGAAGACGCAACCUCCUCCAACACACAUUUUAUGGUGGAUAAUCAAGGAUUCUCCCUGAUGCGCCGGCGUUCGCUUCUUACACGACCCGGUGUUGCGACUAGACGGUCUACAAGAAGUGCAACACAAAGGAUUCCGCCUCCAAUUGACCAGGAACACGAGUCUCAUUUUCAGCCUCCUGGUUAUUCUCACUUAUACCCUCAAUCGCCACUCACCAAUGUGAACGAUGGCGUUUGGGCGCCUUCCACCACCCAGCUUCGCCCACCUACUCCCACCGAAUCGGAGUAUACACACCUGGGUAAUCUAAAGCUUGGAUCUUUACGAGUUGUGAAUGGUUCUGUAUCACCGUGCCCAAGUGAUCGAUCUCAGAUUGAUCAGACUACAAGCCCAGAGAUCAAAGACGGCUUUGUGCAGACCACAGACUCACGGCAUCUCCAUCGCGCCAAUCAAGAUGGAAUCACCCAGGAUCGAGUCUCGAAAGCAGCGGAAGAUAUGUCAAUGCACUCUCGCUGUGGAGAUGUGGCGCAUUUACAAAAUGCCUCAGCCAGAAAUUCAGCGAAGAAGCCUUCCGGAUCCUUCUUAAGGAUUUCACCUCUUUCUGAAUUGAGAGAAUACGAAGACGUUCCCGCAAGUCCUUUCUCAUUUGAGAAGUCACCUACAACUACUCUUCACUCUGGUCAGCACUCAUCUCUGUUCCUCGAGGAUGAGGGCAUAUCGGUCCUGGAUGAGGAAGAAGCCUUUGACCACCAGCGAAUGGAAUUUAUUGCAGAAAGUUCCUUCGCAGCAAGACCAGCAAGGUUACACAAAAAAGCAGAUAGUGGCUAUAGUUCUGCGACAUCAGUUCGCUCGCUGCAAGACGGCCGUUCUCGCGCCUCUACUGAUUCACAAGGGUCAACCCGUCAAUCGUCUGACUAUCGCUGGUCCACAUUCGGGAACAUCUCCAAAAAUGACUCUUGCGAAGUUGGAACCCAGCUUCCCAUGCAUCGCCAUCUCAGUCUUCAAGGUUCCAGGACGAGUUUCGUGACUGAACAGAAUGGUUGGCCGCAGAGUACAAGUACACUGUGCCAUGAACCCCAGCAGAUUAUCUACAAUGGCCGCAUAAGAAGUUUAUCAAACUCUGGUCCUUACCCACCCGCAAGGUUCAUUUAUCAACCUCAAUACUGUGCGCAGUUGCGGGACAACCAUCCUGCUACAGAUCACACGCAUUGCUCUCCCAUACGCCGAACAGAGGAGGGCCAACAAAUGAGCGGGCUUCUCAAGUCCGCAUCAGAAACCAACAUUGCACAGAACAGCUUCAACUCCAAAAAAGGUCGUGCUUCGCGUCCAUACAAAAAGACAUCAGCCAGAGUGUGGUCCCAGCGGCCGGGGAUCGAGGCUCCCCCACUACCAGCAUUUCCCAUCCCUCAGAAGUUUGAGGAUCAGGAAAGCUACGAUGAGAAAAGUUCUGGGAUGGAACCAGCACGCGGUAGAACCCGAAACCGGAGCAUUGAGUUCCAGCAUCGCAAGAUGACAAAACUGCAAGCCCAGAAACGGCCAGACUUCCACCUGGCAAACUCGCCUGUGUUGUUCAAAUGA